AUGCAGCACGACGAGGUCAUAUGGCAAGUUAUCAGACACAAUCACUGCAGUUUUAUGGCUAAAAUAACGACGGGGAUUUUCUGUCGGAACCCAUAUAACGUGACUGGGAUUUGUAAUCGGAGCUCUUGCCCUCUCGCCAAUAGUCGGUACGCCACCAUCCGCGACCACGAGGGAAUCUUCUAUUUGUACAUGAAAACAAUAGAAAGGUCUCACAUGCCAAACAAAUUGUGGGAAAGGGUUAAAUUGCCUAGAAAUUAUGAAAAAGCCCUUGAAAUUAUUGACAAGCAUAUGAUGUAUUGGCCCAAGUUUCUUGUACAUAAAACAAAGCAACGGUUGACCAAAAUGACUCAGAUACGAAUACGCAUGAGGAAGCUGGCUUUAAAAACAAGGGAAAAGAUAAUGACAACUCCUAGGAAAGAGAAAAAGAGAGAAGCUAGGAGAGAGGAAAAGGCUGAAAAGGCAGCAGUUUUGGAUAAAAGUAUUGAAAAGGAAUUGCUUGAACGCCUUAAGAGAGGAGUUUAUGGUGACAUAUACAAUUUCCCUGUUAAAGAAUACAAUAAAGUUCUUGACAUGGAUGGACUGCAGGCUGCUAGUGAAGAUGAAGAGGAACCUGAGAUAGAAUAUGUUGAAGGUUAUGAAGAACUUGAAGAAGAGGAUGAUAUGGAAGAUUUUGGUGGUCUUGCUAUUGAAGAAGCUGGUGAAGAUGAUGAUAAUG